GUAGCAAGGACAGUCGAUAUUGUGCUUAUUAACAGUGUUUUCUUGAAUUUUAAAACCCGAUUUUUUUUCUAUGACAAUGAGUAAAAGUUCAAUUUCUGAUGAAUUCCGUAACUGUAAAGCGAUCACCGUAGUAUUUGGGAAUGAUUAUUUAUUGAAUACAAUAGUGGAGAAUCUAUCACAGGAUUUGUCAGUUAUGUCGAAGUACAGACUCGUCAAUCAAAGUUUCAACAAUGCGAUAAUCCAUAAAAUCAAGAAAAUGCAUCGCGAAGUAGUAAUUCGAAAGGAUUUUAAUUGCAAAGCCGAGAAUACAAUUAACUUUGGUUCAGAACGUAGAAAGGAUUAUGACUGCAAAAGCUGUUCAAUAUUUUUAAACUGUCAGAGAGUGACAAGCAACAAGAUUUCAAAACUUUUCAGAUUUUUGAAGAGUGUGGUUGAUAUCAAAAUUCAAAGACUGGUACUGAUACCCUGCCAAGUUAACCGAAUGUGCCUAGAUGACAAGAUUCUUCAUGACCUUGUUUUAAAAGAAUUAAUCGGACCGAAUUAUAAUCAUUUAGAGGAUUAUAUGGUCAUGUACGACAUUUGUAGGCAAGGAUGUGACAUGUGCUUUCGCAUUUCAGAAAAUUGUCUGAGAUAUGGUCCACUUCAGUCACUAGUUCUCAAACGGAAUAAACACUACGAAUCACUCGAAAUAAGAGACGAGUCGCUCUACUGCUAUGUUGAAAUGUACCUACACAAAAAUUUCCAUAAGUACACGGCUGCGAAUAUAAGCAAAACGAUUCUUCUCAGAUUGUUCCGUUUGUAUGCAAAUACUAUAACUUGCGAUUGUCUCUCAUUGAUAUUAUCUAGAGGAUUUGAAUCUGCAGCACAUUCGUUUCCAAAAGCACUUGUUGAAAUAAUUGUUUCCCGCUGGAAAAUUGAAACGUUAAAACUCGAAUUUAGUUUUGGAGAUAAACCAAGUUAUUCUCUAGUGCCUGCAGAAUAUCGAUACUUUUCAGUAAUAAAGUUGUCGGAACCGUUGGACUCGCAUACCUCUGCGAUAAGAAUGUUUGGAGUUUUCAAAGUAGAUUUUUCUUCUCUCUGAAGAAACAAUAGACGGAAUACUGGAAAAUUCAAGUAAUGUAAAAUCCCAAAUUGAGAAUAUAAUUCUGAACGUCCGAAUUAUUUUUCCGAGCAAGAAUAUGAUUGUGACAAUUUCUAAUGGAUUAGGUUCAAUAGAGAACGUUGAUGCAAUAAUUUCGAUAUUUAUGCGAAUAGCAGAAAUAAAUCCUCCAAGAAGUUCAAAUUUGAUAUUCAAACUGUAUAUUAAUGGAUUCAGUUCGAACCAAUCAAUUGUCCCUCAAGAAAUUUUCAUUUAUGAAAAUUGACCCAGUCCUUGAGAAAAACGAGUGGGAUUUGGAAAAUGUGUCCAAUAUUGAAGAAGAACACGGAAAAGAUCCAGAGGGAAAGAUAGUGACUUGGAAUGGAAAAGAAUUCUGUUUGAGGAACAUCAACACUAAUGGAAUUAUUAAAUUCCAUUUGUUUUUUGAGUUCAACUUCCUGACGUAUUUUUUCAAAAAUCAAACUGCAGUGACAAAAACCGGACUUCUUUGGCAUUAUCGGGAUAUUAUAAAUAGAAAUUUUAAUUAUUAAAUGUUUAUAUAUUAUAUCUAUUGCUUUUCAUAUGUUCAAAACAUUCAUGAUGUUCUUUUUUCAUUAUAAAACCCGUAAAGUACUGUAUAAUAAUAAGAAGAUU